AUGAAUUUUGUGAAAACUAGGACUGAUCUUCCGGCUGUGGGCUCCUCGUGGACUGAUCCUCCGGCUGUGGGCUCCUCGUGGACUGAUCCUCCGGCUGUGGGCUCCUCGUGGACUGAUCAUCCGGCUGUGGGCUCCUCGUGGACUGAUCCUUCGGCUGUGGGCUCCUCGUGGACUGAUCUUCCGGCUGUGGGCUCCUCGUGGACUGAUCUUCCGGCUGUGGGCUCCUCGUGGACUGAUCUUCCGGCUGUGGGCUCCUCGUGA